GAACCAAGUAGCCUAGAAUUUAAAUAGUACCCGUUAAAUAAGAACCUGUUUAGGCUAACCUGGGAAAACCUAGGUUCUUAUAAGCGGGUGAGUACUGCACAAUAGUCAAAGAUAUCUAGAAACAUUCUAUGACAUCCGUCUUUCUACAUUGUUAACUCCAAAUCCUGUCCGAUAGUUUUCGUGUAUAGCUAGCGUAACCAAGUCCCACAAACCGCAAAUCCUAGUUCCCAGUCCCUGCUUUAAGACUUUGUCAAAGCCGUCACCCAGGAAUCAUCAUCUCAUUCCCAGGCCACUGCACAAUGCUCGGCCAUGGUAAACAUAGUUUAACAAAAAAAAAAGAAAAAAAGGAAAUCUUGAAAAGCUUAGAGUGAUUUUCAUUAGCUCGCGAACUAAACUAUAGCGUAUUACACUUUAUUGUGAUCUGAUUCUUUGUUCUCCUUUGUUCUCCUACUCACUAUAUUACCCUUUCACUAUCACACUUUGUUUCACGGGUUAAUGAAAACCACUCUAAUGGCCAUUUUAAAACAAUAUGGUUCGAUAUACUCUUGAAAAUGACUUAAUUAUCGUCGACAGGGAGAAAAGCCUCCCUGUUGUCGAUAUUUGGGUUUGUCUGUUAUCCCACCUGUAUUUUAGCUCUCGUGAUUUCGUUAUGACGUCAUGAAAGUCGAAGGCAGCGAAAAGAAAUAUGGAGGAAACUAUUCAUGAAGCAUUUCAAGAUAAAUGAAAGACUUUGGGGGAAAUAAUGAGAGAGAGAAAUAGAAGCUGAGAGACAGGGAUUUUAAGAUUUUAGCAUCACUGGUUUCCAGGACAAUCAUUCAGCGCGCCAUGCAGCCUGGCCUGUUCUGGCUACUCCUGCUCUUCUACUCGAUACUAGGGGCCUGGGCCGGGCUUACAGUCGAUGUUAAUCAAGUUGUCUACAUCGGCUUUGAUCGCUACAAUGGCGAGCAUUUAUUCGACAACUCCCCCCACCAUAACAACGCUACGCUACAAAAUGGCACACUUAUCAGCAAAAUCAGGGGGAGUUGCGGACGGUGCUUGCAGCUUCUUGGGGGAAACGUCAAGUUCAAGGGGAAGUCAUUUGAGGGGAUCCCAUAUAUUGCGGUGACGGUGAUGAUGAUGGUACAAUUGGUUGACACUAGCGGUACGUUGGAUCUGUUCCAGACAAUGGGCUCCCCUCCCACAUCCUUCAGCAAGUUUGCCCAAUUCCAGCUCCAAUCAGACAAUGGUCGAGUCAAGUGGUUCCACAGGAACGAAAAAAUGAACACGGUGUUUAGUAUAAUAACGGAUAUGCCCGUACUGCACCCUGGGAAUUGGUACAAUGUGGCGGUCACGUACAACGGGCUCACGGGGACCUCACAGAUAUUCGUUGAUGGAAAAUUAAAGAAGGAGGAAACCGCUGACCCGGGAGUGUUUCUCUCAACGGACUGGAGCGAGUAUGCAGGUAUCGGUCGCCCGGGCGGUGACCCCAGGUUAAGAGGGUACGUGGACGAGUUUUACGUCUUCAAUAAAUCCUUAAGUACCAUGGAAAUGGAGGCGGUGAACAGUGUAUGCAAAAGCAGCGUUGUUUUCCAUGCGGGAUUCGAGCAGAAGAAUCACAACGUCUUCAAGGACGACUCGGGUCUUCUUAAUGACGUCACGCUGUCUGUUCCUCCCAAAUUUCCAGGAAAGAAACAAGAGGACCCAAUACCUGUUCCUGGUACCUGCGGCGAUGGUGUCCAGAUCACCGGUCCGAUGAACGACCUCAAGCUGGACGGACGGACGUUUAGGAACAAACCAGUAGACGCUGUCACUGUCGCGCUCUGGGUUAACGUCAGUAGCAUUGCGGGGAAGCAUUUUCUAUUCGUCACCAUAGGGGGGCACUCACAGCACAAGCAUGACCAGUACGAGUUUUCCCUUGUUGAGGGAGCUGUUCGCUGGAUUCACAAGAAUGAAUACGAGAAGACGAUAUUCAGCGUGCUGACGGAUCCUAUCAUAACGGAGAAGCGCUGGGCGCAUAUCGUGGGGACAUACAACGAUGAAAGCAAGAGGGCUAAAAUCUACGUCAAUGGCAACUUGAAUAGGGUGGGGCCAGGGUCCGGACACUUGUCCGAAGAUUGGGACGGCUAUGCCGGUUUUGGCAAGCAUCAGGGAGGAAUGAUGGAUUACGAUCUGCUUGACGAGAUUUACAUGUUCUCGAGGGAGCUGUCGCCGUUCGAGAUCAAGAUGUUGUAUGAGAACUGCAAUUUUGGCAACGCGAGGAUGCCCCCGAAUACUUUCCAGAGCGUCGUGUUCUUCGGGUUUGACAGAGAUUCUGGUCACACAGUUUUUGAUGACUCAGGAAAUGAAAACAAUGGGCAAAUGAGCCAAGACGCUAAUGUACUGGAGACCAAGACCUCCUGUGGGAACUGUCUAGUUCUAUCUGGAGGCGAUUUACUACUGGAAGGCUCUCACAUCAAGCGCAAGCCACUUUUCAGCAUCACCGUUGCAUUAUGGGUAAAACUGGAAACCAAUCGAGGUGAACAGACAAUAUUUAUGACGUCAAAUCCUGGUAACCCUGGCAACCGUCACGUGCAGUACCUGCUUCUGAUUAUUGAUGGCAAGGUCAAGUGGUUUCAUAGCAACGAGAAAUCCCAGACCGUAUUUAGUGCCGAAACCGAAUCCGCGGUUGUGCCCGCGGGCACAUGGACUCAUAUCAGCGGUACCUACACAUCGAUGGGAGGAAAGUCCCAGAUUUUUGUUAACGGGGACCUGAAGAAAGAGGACUUCACCGGCUCGGGAACAUUAUCACAGGACUGGGGCGGGCGAGUCAGUAUUGGAAAGUUUUUCCGUAAGGAUGCCGGUAAAUGGCUAGAGGAAAGACCGCUGUACGGAGAGAUUGACGAGUUUUACAUGUUCGACCGCGCCCUACCCCCUACGGAGGUGACACUUCUCAUGCAGUCAUGUGACUUUAAAAGGACUGUGCUUCACUUUGGGUUUGAAGUGUUUGAAAAAAAGACUGCGUUCGAUCAAUCAGGUCUCGCUAACAAUGGACGCGUCCUGGAUGCGACUGGCACGCCCGCGGGCAAGUGCGGCAAGGGCCUCAAUAUGACCGCAGGCGGAGAGAUUGACCUAGACGGGGUCCUUUUUAAUAUAACGCACUUCAGAGAGAAGCCACAAAAGGCGAUAUCUGUGACAGCGUGGAUCAACCUUGCCACUAACAGAGGUCACCACGAGCUGUUUAACACCAUCGGUAGCAGAUCCACGCACAAGCAUGACCAGUACCAUCUCACCGUGGAGGACGGGAAGGUGGUGUGGUACCAUCACCAGGAACAGGACCGGAAAGUGUUCGAAGUGCAGACUUUACCAGUCGUGCCAGCAAGGAACUGGACGCACAUCGCGGCUACAUAUAGCGCCGAGGAGAUGCUCGCCAAGGUUUACGUGAAUGGAAAGCUGGUAAAGGAGCGUUCGGCGUACGGGUAUCUAUCUCAAGAUUGGGGUCACUUCGCCGGGGUAGGAAGAAGAUUCUACAAGGAAGACGGCUAUUUACGAGGAAUUCUUGACAACUUCAUGAUGUUCAACUAUGCGUUAGAUGAGGAGGAGAUAGCCGUACUCUCUGCAGGGGAUUGUCCCAAAGGACUUUAAAGAGUAUUUCUCAGCCGCCAUCUUGUUAUCCUAGCAAAAUACCAAGUGGGAGAAAGCAUCAACUUUCAUCGACUGAUUUGGUAAAGCUAUUGCGAUACUUUUGAACAAAUUUGGCAAAUAAUAUGUAUAAACCUUUGCUUUAAAUUGGUAUUUUCUUAAAUGAGUUUCUAAAAUAAUUUGUCAUCCAAUUUUGGAUAAAGCAGUAACAAAGGUGUGGCGGACGAGGGGCAGGCGCGUAGACCGGACUGGGCGCAUCGCUCAACCCCCUCCCCCUCAGCAUAUACUUGCAAGGUGCUUGAAAGGGGGAGGGGCUAGGGUACCCCUAAGAAUAUUCUCAAUUCCAUAGUCAGGGAUUGCAAGGGCGGUGUACUGGAAUGCUCGGCUUAUGUUUGAGGCCUGAAAUAGAUUUUUUUAAAGACAAAGGUUUGGCGAUCUUUAACGACUUUAAUAUGUAUACAAUGUUGGGACUAAUAAUAAAUAGAAUUUCUUUAAUUUUUAAUUUCAGCAUAAUUGCAAUAGUUCUGUACAUAAUACUAAUAGUGCAAUAGGCUUUAGGGCUGCUAAACUUAAUUUUAAGCGUCACUUAGAUCGGCUUGAUGUGGGACUAACGGCACCAACGAGCAGAGAAAUUAUAAAUAGGUGACUUGCACUAAAACCUAGUGACUUAUUGAGUGUCAAAUUCACAGAAAUGCCUGCGGCCGUCACGCCAGAGAGACAAAAAAUAUAUAUUUCAAGAGAAUAAAGCCCUUUAUGACAGAGAAACUUUCUGGAUGAUUCGUGAGGGAUGAAUUAUUUGCAUUUUGUUGUUGUUGUUUUACCGCCAAAAGUCGGCGCACGCGUAAGUUUGUUACCAAAAAGUCACGUGAUUCUUUAUUGCAAGUAGCGUUUUGUUCUUAGAAUGAGUGAGUGAUGGUUUGCUUCACUUAUCCCUAUAUCUGGAUGCCUGUGGUCGUGCCCUCGUGUUGUUUGUGUAUCAGUGAAAUCAGAGUCCGCUGGUAAGGCCUAACAGGAUUGGCUAGAUCACCUCAUUGUUCUAUUGUAUUCUCGUUCUUCGUCUGUGGUGCACCAAUCCUGGUGGAGAAACCUUCUGAGGGCUGCCCCAGGACCCGACAUGUGUUGUUAUAGGAAUCAUCAAUGCGGCUUUAUGGGUCAUUGUCAUAUUGAUGGACUAGUAUUGUAAAUAAAAUCGGAAUAACAAAGAGUUUACCUAAAUAAAAAUCAGUUAAAAUA